CAAUUUUCAAGGCUUUUUAAAAGACGAAAAAAGCGCCAUAGCCUACAACAUGAUGCACAUUUGCUCUUCAGUGUAUGUGGAUGACGUCAUGCGCCUACUUACUGUGACUUGCAUUCUGUCAGCAGUGUUUAUCUAAAACCGCACAAACCCCACAUCGUACUUCGAGUGGGUACCAGUGCUCCAAAAAGCAACGAAGACACAAGACUAAAACGUCGUAUAACUAAAACCUCUCAACCUGCUAGUCCCUGAAAACAUGAGCCGAGCGUCGGAAUUGCGAGAAUUGCGAAACGCAUUCGAUAGAUUUUCCGUAUGGAUACUCUUGCGGCAUGCAGCAACGUCAGAAGCAACUGUUAAUCUCAUACACGGGAAAAAUGUUCAUCCGAGCUUAUGCAACUACAUGGUGGCACUUACACGAACUGAAAACAAUGGAAUUCUUGAACUCGCAAUUUUGGAGCACCAUCUGACCAAAGCUCAAUUUGAAGCGGUGUCAGAAGAUGCACGAAAAGAGACGAUCGAUCGGAUGGUGCAUUUUUCAAACGUGCCAUCUUCACAGUGCUCCGUCCAAUAUUACCUCCACAUUGCCAACGAUUGGCCAACGCUGCAGAGUGUAGCUUCGCCUAUGAUCCUGUUGCGAAAUAGCGAUCUACAUUCGUUCGACAUAUCGUCUAUUACAACAAGCGAUCUUUGCACCAUAAGUGCCGCACGGGAACUAUCUGAUGCAAGAAACAGAAACGUGCUUGACGUUGGAUCGUGUUCUGGCCAUACGAUCCGGCAAGUGUUGCAGCGAGUUCUGUCUAAGUCCGGUACGAUGGUACCACAAGCAGAUUUACCAAACACGCCGGCACAUUUCCCUAUCGAUGCGAGAUCUGUGAAUGGAAUCAAACUGGAAGAUUUAACUGCCCUGCUUAACGCCAACGAGGGACGAGGGGGGCCACCUCCUUUGGGGCUUUUCCUGGUACGGCAGGCGAAUUUGGAAGCUAUUAGGCUGUAUGUGAAAAAAUGCUGCGUGGAUCAGCUGAAGGAUGUUACGCACAGUACUUGGUUCCUGGUGAGUGAAACUAUUCCGUUCGAGACCAACUUUCCCGACCACGCAACAGUGCACGAGGUAGCAUACGUGACCGAUUACGGAAUGGUGUUUUGGUUGCGGAGCCGAGGACCACCGACACCCGUUGCAACCCACUUUACGGUGAGCUGCUGGGACGAGUAUGAUGCGGUACCACCAGCACCGGGUUGGUUGAAUAUUCUGGUGUCAAAUAGUUCCGAUGGCAGCACCACCUAUCUCGAGCAUCUAGCUGCAAACGCUAAACGCACGAACCCGUUUCAAAGCAUCAUACUUUUGCAAGCAAUCGAUAUGAUGGAAGUAUUACUGCAACCAUCAUUGUCCUGGUUUGAUAAAAUAUGUCAAUUAAUCGAUGCGCAACAAAGCGAAGAUACACGACACGUGAUGGAUACGGUACCGGUGAUUCUGCUCGUGGACCACGCAAUAGCAGACGAUGGGUCAGAUCGUAUGGCGGAAACGUUCGUUCAAUUUUUCAAUGCUAUAAACGAUAGCACCAUUCAACGUCGGUUGACCGUAUGGAUUGCAGGUGACGAUGUGCUAUGGACACGAUUUGCAGCCUAUUGUAAGCAUGCAGCCAUGAAGUAUACCAUGCCCAAGCUCAAUGACGACGAGCAAUGGCAGAAGUGGUUAUCUCGGAUGCUACCGAAAGAUUCCGAGGUCGACGCAAAACUGGCUCUACAAAACAUUACCGCUAAUAACGGUCCCCUGGAUGGUUUGCCCUGUUUUGGUACUGUUUUUACAUGCACAGUCCUAGCGGAAUACAUUACCGAUCGUGCGGAUGAUAUGGUGAACGGGAAGCUGUGCUGCUGGUGGAUUGAUGCAAUGGAGCAUUACGUAUGGAAGCAUAUCGUUCCAGCCGGAAGCAACGAAUUCCAGCAACUAGAGGAGUACUGUUACGAGCGCGUGUUUCUGCCUUCUGCUGACCAUACGAAACACUUUUCCUCGCACAGUCGUAUAAAGCAUCGUACGCUUCAAACACUGCUGGCAGUGCAGCAUCUUGUUAAACAUCCCGAACUGAUAAAGUUAGCACAUUUCCAGCGCGUCGGGCACGAUAUAAUCGAUCUUUUGCUAUUCCGACACAGCACGGUCGGAAUUGCCGUGCUGCACCAUGAUCUGGACCCGGUACGUCAAAGCAGUGUGGAGGAGCUGCGUUCCGUUACCGAUUGCCUUCAGCGUAACCUGCUGCACGUGGUACACGGUUCGAAAGAGAUAGCCGACCUACUGCUAUCGGCAGAAGUACCCCUGGAGCAACAAAGUGUUGGCCAGCUGAACCAUUGGACACCGACCUUGGUGGCGAUAGAGCGUAAGGAUUGGCCGCUCGUAGAUCGGUUGCUGGCAAAAGGCGCCGAGCUGUCUACCGGUCAAACAAAGCUGCACACCAUGCCCGUGUCUGAAUUGGAGGAAUUGGUUUGUGACUGUAUUGCCGAAAAUUGCACAACGUUGAUCGUGUGGAUAUUGGAAAAUCGCCCCGAUUACCGAAUAACCCAGCAAAACGUGUACACCUUAUCGGUGUACGAAGAAUUCGAUGUUGAUCUGCUCUAUCGUCUGCUAACGUUUGCCGAGCAGCAAGGGCUGACCGGUACGAAUCCGUAUCGGUACAUUUUCGACAAUAGCGCACUGGACAAUGCCGUCGAAGAUGAGCGCUUCGAACUGGCCAGCUUUCUCGUGGAACGACUUCACUUUGAGGCGACGGAUGCAUUUAACGAACUGCGCCAACAGUAUGAACAGAACCCACAGUUCAACGACUACAAACGGCUUCAUAGCUUGUGCCGGGACGGAGAAUUUGCCAUGGUACGACAGAUGAUCGAAGAAAAAUGUCUCGAUGCACAGCAAGAGUACGAUGGUAGCAACAUAUUCAUUCAAGCAGCAUCCAGCGGCAAUCUGGAACUGGUACAGUACCUUUGCGAGACGCACGGUUUCCACGCCCGGAUCGAUGAUCGCGAUGAGCACGGUUUUACGGCAAUGCGGCAAGCGAUGGUUCAGGGCCAUCAGCCGAUUGUUCUUUAUCUGCGCAAACAUAAUGCGACGGUGAAUCCCUCCUGGAUGCAACAAUCUUCAAACGUAAGCGCAGUUGACGAUAGCGAAAUUGAUACCGAAGAUUUCCUUGCGCUGAUAGCAUGCGAUCGGGAAAGGUUAGCUCGAUUAAGCAUCGAUUAUAAUCGUUACGAGAGUGGUGAAUUACUGCUCCAUUGCUACAUACGCUACGUGGACGAACCGGAUGAGGAUACUUUCCGGUUUCUGCUAGCCCAAUACGAUAACGUCGACAUUCGAACGGACGCAUCGUGCGAACUGCGAUGCGGAGAAACUCCGCUGCAUCUGGCAUAUCAGAGCGGGAACAAACGGUGCCGAGAAAUAUUGCUCGAGUCUGGUGCCGAUAUCUACGCGAAAUCGCUUCGGCAUGGGCUUACAACGCUGCACUUCGCCAUUAUGGGAAGCGCUGAGAGGGAAAUCAUCGAACAACUUCUCGACGUGUACGGAUUUGAUGUUAACACGCGCGAUGAACGGGGCCGAACGAUUAGUUUCUACAUGCCGGUAAGGUCGGAACUGUACCGUUGGCUAAUCGAGCGGUAUCAGUUCGAUCCAUGUGCUGCGGACAAUAAUGGCCAAACCGUGCUACAUCACCGGGUAGUUAAAAAUAGCUUCUUUGCCCGGGCCGAAAUUGAAUUUCUGCUUCAAACCUUGCCAGUUCCCCAAUCACACACCGAUGCACGUGGCCGUUUACCCUUACACUACGCGGUGGAGGCAGACAAUUGUCCAAUAGUUCGAUUGCUUUUAAAGUAUCGCCAAGAUUUGUGUUAUGUUCCCGACAGUGAAGGUUUAACGGCGGUACAGAUCGCCCAACACUUACCGCAUGAUUCUGCUACCGGUAACUUAUUCCGUUUACUUUACAAAUGAUUGCUACGGCAACAACGGCCAGCGAACCAUGGUGGAAUGUUCAGUUAUAUUGCAGUAAAAUUUAUUAUACAAAAAUAUAUCCGUUCACCUGCUCGGCCUAACUCGCUUCA